CUUGACAUUUAUUGGACCUCAUCAGUGCCCGCUGAACCGUAUAAAUAGAGUGACGAGCUCAGUCAGUGUCACAGACGUCACAGAUCAGAAUCACUGAGGUGUCCUUCUUUCUGGUCAUCAUGAGGGUCUUUGCGGUCAUCCUUGCGCUGGCAGUUUUCUCAGCCUGCCAUGCCAGAAGUGUUCCUCAGAACUCCUGGGAGGACGCCAUCGAUGAUUUUAAGGAUUAUUUCACUGACCUGAGCUCGAAGGCUGAUGACAUGGUGAAGGACUUGAAGAGCUCCCAGAUCAGCAGAGAACUAGACACCCUGAUCCAGGACAGCAUGUCUGAGCUGUCCAUGUACAAGGACGACCUGCAGACCAAGCUGGCUCCCUACACCCAGGAGUCCGCAGAGCGUCUGGGCAGAGACCUGCAGCAGCUGGCCGACAAACUCCGCGAGCACAUGGUCGAGGCCCGGGACCAGAUGGACAAGUACACCCAGGAGCUGCAGACCAUGAUGGAGCAGAACGCCGAAGACGUCAGAGCCAGGGUCACCGCCUACACCCGCAAGCUGAAGAAACGCCUCAGCAAGGACACACAGGAGAUCAAGAGGCAUGUUUCUGACUACGUUGAGGAGCUUCAGUCUCGUACCACAGGCAACGUGGAGGAGAUGAAGACGCGUUUCGAGCCUUACUUCUCUCAGGUGCGAGACAACGCACAGGCAAAGAUCACCACCCUGAACGACCUGCUGAAGACACAGAUGGACAACGUGAAGGACAAGAUUCAGACCGCAACCCAGGACAUCAAGAACAGCUUUGAGAAGACGGCUGACGACGUGCGAUCCACCCUGGAGGAGAAGAUGGAGGAGGUGCGCAUCUGGUUUCAGCCUUUUGUCGCCAUGAUCAGGGACAACCUGUAAACCCAGAGAUCAAAGUCUGGACUGAGUUAAUCCACCUGCAUCUGUAUGAAAAACCACCUGUAAAGGAAAUUUUUGUUUUAUCACAAAUGUCUACCACAGUCUAAAUGUGUCUCUGUCAUGUAAUAAAAACCAGCUGCUAACACA